CGCAAGCAAGUUGAAAUCUCUCUCCCUCCAAAUUAUAUAUAUUCUCUCUCCUCUUCACACUUCUCACCAUAACACACAUAAAACCUAUAUUUCUCUCUCUCUCUCUAGAAACUUGAUAUUUUCAUUCUUUUCUGUUACUAUAGCUUGUUGACCAACUCAAUUCUCAAGGAUAUGCUACAAGUGGAAACGCUGGUUUCAGCCUGUGCCGGUGGUUCAACCGAUCGGAAAAUCGCCUGCGAGACACAAGCUGACGAUCUCAAAACGGAUCCUCCACCGGAAUCCUCUCAUCAUCAUCCCGAUUCUCCACCGGAAUCAUUCUGGCUAUCUAGAGAUGAAGAAAACGAGUGGUUGGAUCGCAAUUUCAUCUACGAACGCAAAGAAUCAACCAAAGGAAAUUCAAGUUCAACAAACUUAAACCCUAAUUCCAACUCCAAUUCCAAUUCGACUUCCAACUCUCAGCGAUUCGCAAAUCUCAAAUCGAAGACGUCGAUGAUUGGUUUGCCUAAACCUCAGAAACCUUCCUUCGACGCUAAGAAUCUUCGUAAUCACAAGCCGAGUAACAUCAAGUUGUUUCCGAAGCGAAGCGCCUCCGUUGGGAAAUCGUUUGUUGAACCUUCGUCACCAAAAGUGUCUUGCAUGGGAAAAGUCAGAUCUAAACGCGGUAAAACUUCCACCGUCACCGCCGCAGCCAAAGCCGCCGUGAAAGAAAAAACAGCGAGAACCGAGAGAAAACAAUCAAAACACAGUUUCUUUAAAAGUUUUCGUGCUAUUUUCCGCUCCGGUGGAAGGAAUAAACAUGACCGGAUGAACGAUUCUUCGGCGUUGGAUUCAAGUUCAAUCACGAAGAACACGAACAGCGUAAGUGAUUCAAAAGCGCGUGACAGCACGGCGAGCUUAAACGACGUGUCGUUUGUGGAGUCGGUGACGAGAAACAGCGUAUCGGAGGGUGAACCGCCCGGUUUGGGUGUGAUGAUGCGGUUCACGUCAGGAAGACGGUCUGAGUCGUGGGUGGAUGAUUCUGAAAUCCACGUGUCGAGAUAGUAUUCGUAGUUGGUAACCGUUCCGUUACGUUACGCGACGGCUAAUACGAAGUGGGACCCAUUGUCUCUGGAUGUGAAUGGAGUAAGUAGCUGAUAAACAUCACGCGACUCGCGAGUCAAUUUCGUGGGGCCCAAGCGUGUGGAAGGGUGAAGUGGCGCGUUGAAUAUAUCAGAUUUGUGCGACUGUUAUUACCGUUCUAAUGGGAAACAAUUUUCUUUUUCUUUUUCAUUUUAUUUUUGUUUUGUAUAUUGUGAUUGAAUACAAGUUUUGUGAAUAUACAAGAGCCAUUGAGUGUUUUUUUAACA